GACGUAACAGACAGAGGGUCUCGCUGUGUGUUCGUAGUGGGUUAUAUAUAACAAGGAGAUUCAAUCCAGGUUAAAUACGAGUAUAAGCAGUUUAGAAGGUUCCUGACAGCGAAGUUUGUGGCCUGUCCACGCUGUAGACUGAUCAUGCUGUCGAAUACGUGCCGAACGUCCGUGCAGGUGCUGAGGGUGGGAGGGCGGCAUGUGUGCAGGGGACUGAAGACCAAAAGUUCGUCUGCUGACGCAGCACAGGCUGCAGCAGCUGUCAAAGGAAAAGGAGGAGAUACUGGAGAUACAAUGCGGCCAUUGUACCUGGAUGCACAAGCAACCACUCCACUGGACCCUCGAGUGCUGGAUGCCAUGAUGCCAUUCACUGUUGGUUACUACGGCAACCCCCACUCCAGGACUCAUGCAUAUGGCUGGGAGACAGAAAAAGCAGUGGAGGAGGCCAGAAAGGAAGUUGCAGACAUCAUUGGUGCAGACCCCAGGGAGAUAGUUUUCACUAGUGGAGCAACAGAGUCCAACAACAUCUCUGUUAAGGGCGUGGGCAGAUUCUACAAGAGUAAGAAGAAACAUAUCAUCACCACACAGAUUGAGCACAAGUGUGUGCUGGACUCCUGCAGGGCUCUGGAGGGGGAGGGCUUUGAUGUCACCUACCUGCCUGUCAAACCCAACGGAAUCAUUGAACUUGAGAAACUGGAAGCUGCCAUGAGACCAGAUACAUCACUGGUGUCCAUCAUGACUGUCAAUAAUGAGAUAGGAGUUCGACAGCCCAUCAAGGAAAUAGGUGAAUUGUGUCGCUCCAAGAAGGUGUUUUUCCACACGGAUGCUGCCCAGGCCAUCGGCAAGAUCCCGCUAGACGUGAACGACAUGAAGAUAGACCUGAUGUCCAUCAGUGGCCACAAGAUAUAUGGGCCAAAGGGUGUAGGAGCCCUGUACAUUAGACGGCGACCUCGGGUGAGGAUUGAGGCCCUGCAGAGUGGAGGUGGUCAGGAGAGAGGCAUGAGGAGUGGUACUGUGCCUGCACCUCUGGCCGUGGGGCUGGGAGCAGCCUGUCGCAUCUCUCAGCAGGAGAUGGAGUAUGACCAUGCAAGGAUCACGUCCCUGUCUGAGCGUCUCAUCAACAAGAUCAUGAGUGCGCUGCCCCAGGUGGUGAGAAACGGGGACUCAGAGCAGUCCUAUCCUGGUUGUGUCAACUUGUCCUUUGCAUAUGUGGAAGGAGAGAGCCUGCUGAUGGCACUGAAGGACAUUGCCCUGUCUUCAGGGAGUGCCUGCACAUCUGCAUCCCUGGAACCUUCCUAUGUGUUGAGAGCCAUUGGAGCUGAUGAAGACCUGGCACAUUCCUCUAUCAGGUUUGGCAUUGGACGGUUUACAACAGAGGAGGAAGUGGACUACACUGCAGAGAAAACCAUCAAACAUGUUACAGCACUGAGGGAGAUGAGUCCCCUGUGGGAGAUGGUUCAGGAGGGCAUUGACCUGAAGGCUAUCAAGUGGUCUCAGCACUAGGUGACAUCUGCUCAUCUGCAGCCUGAUGUGAUGCAGUAGGGCCAACAGGCCAUGGCCUCCACGAAGUAGUGUACAUCUACAAGCCAGUUGGUUUCCUUGGAGCAAGACCUACAUGGAUACAUGUAUCUGGUGUAUUUGUGCAAGCCAUCUAAAGGGAAACAAACUUUAAAAUGAUGAAAAGCUUCAUCAAUAUAUACUAGUAAGUGAUGGUGGAAUGUGCUGAUGACAUUGUGUAUAGUGCAUAAAACUGGUAUGAAUGGUUACGUACCACGCUAAAUAUGAGCCAAAAAUCUUGUAUGGAUAGAGUACGCUUGUAUCAUAUGCAGAUGAAUAUAAUAACUGGAACCCACGUUCAUCAAGUUUUACUCAAAAAACUUUUGAACAAUGUAAGGUGUUCAAGAAAUAACCCCUUGAGGUAGCCAAUACCGAAGAAAGGUGACUUGCAGAUUUUCACUUCAUAGCAUAUUGCCAUCAUCUUUACCACUUUCAUG